AUGCGGGUGAGGAGUUACUGUCUCGUACAGUUAAACCAUGUGAAAAUAUUAAAUCGUGGUUCAGGGAAUCCGCCGGCCGAAGAGGAAGUUGCGUACAUUUCGCGCAGAUUAGAUAGUGUGUGAACUUCGCCGCCGUGUAGUUUUAAUGGCCAAGAUGGCUUCGGUGCUGUCUCCGUGAAGCUGAAACCGCCGAUGUGGAGUCGGAAAGCUCAUGUUAAAAGAUUUCAUGAGACUUUCGAGUCAAGCUGACAGGCACCAGCAAACAUCACAGAAAAGGCGCACAACAACUUCACAGAAUGACCGAUGACGCCGUGCUGUUGAACGUCCCUGUCAUUCGGCAGCUGUACCAUUGGGACUGCGGUCUGGCCUGCACCAGGAUGGUGUUAAAGUACCUACACCCUGUGACGGAUGAGCAGUUCCAGAGUGCAUGCUGGGAACUGAAACUCACCGAGAGCGUGUGGACUAUCGACCUGGCCUACCUGCUGUUCCAGCUGGGAGUCAGGCAUCGCCUCUGCACCCAGACCCUGGGCGUGGAUAAAGGCUUCCGAAACCAGUCCUUCUACAGGAAGCAUUUUGACACUGAGGAGGACCGGGUGAACGAGCUCUUUGUCAAGGCGGAGAGCAAAGGCGUUGUGGUCAAUAAAUGCUCGGUGACCAUCCAGGAGAUCCAGGCACACCUGGUGCAGGGCCACGUGGCCAUCGUGCUGGUGAAUGCAGUGCUGCUCUCCUGCGAGCUCUGCUCUGCGCCCGUUAAGUACUGCUGCUUCCUGCCCGCCGGCCAGCCGUGCUUCUGCCGGCGGCCCGAGUACCAGGGCCACUUCAUCGUGGUGUGUGGCUUCAACCGCUCCACUGGCUGCGUCUUCUACAACAACCCGGCGUACUCCGACCGCGUGUGCUGCACCAGCGUCAGCAGCUUCGAACAGGCAAGGAGGAGCUACGGAACAGACGAAGAUAUUCUGUUUGUCUACAAGGAGAGCUGACAGCGUCGGAAGGAGCUUCUGUCCUGCUCCAUCCAAGCCUUCGGUCAUGACUGUGACGUCAGCACAGCCGCUCCUGUCAACCGCCUUGAGGUCUGGUGUCGUGGUCUACCUUUGGCUGUAAGCCUCCUCCUCAGGCUGCGAGGCCCAUUUCCACGCACCUGGUGUCUACAGAAUCUUUGUACCUCAACAAGAAAAAAAAACGAGACCCCACCCCAACCGUCACCAGGUUGACGACGAGGGUCUGCUGCUUUUAAAUACUUAAAUUAGACGGUAGUCAAGUGUCCUGGGAAUGGAUGAUGCCGGAAUCAGGGCUUAGCUGUGUGAAGUCAAAAGCCAAAAGGGACGUGGAUCCCCAGCCCCCCCCCCCCCCCCCUUCUAAAAACAUUAACAGCCUGUGUUCCCACAUGAUGGUGCCUCAUCGCCACCUGUUGCUUGGUAACCGGUUUGAUUGCCACAUCCGCUCAUGAUCCCUGCCCAGAUGGAGUCCGGAGGGGCUGCUGCCUCUGUUUUAAAUGGCAGUCUGACCAAA